AUGUUUGCGUCACAAAACUCCCUUGUCCACCCGCCUCCCUUCGGCAUAUUCGCUUCACUCGGCCAGUUUUCCGCCGAGAAGCUCGGAAACACUUCUCCCAUCCGCUCCGGCCUCAGUGCUCCCCAGACCUUUCACACUUUCGCCUUAAUUGGCCAAGUUUUCACAAUCCUCCACCUAUUCCCUUGUGCUAGCACACCCCCAGCCCCGUUAACCGCCCCAAUCUCCCCUCCACUUCACCAUUUCGUCUACUCGCUUCAUCAGUCACUCGCCCUGAACCCUCGGACAGCUGUAUUUUGCCCUCUUCCUCCUCCUCCUCCUCCUCCUUCUCUCCCCUCCCACCCUGACGGCUCAUCCCACACUCACAUGGCCCUUAUACUUUUCUCUGCAUAG